AACAGUCAUUGGAAGGGAGACAAAAUUUCAAAAUUUCAAAAUUUUAAGGUUAGAAGAGGGAGAGAUAGAUGGCAACGACGUCAGGGAAUAUGAAGGGAUUCUACAGGCAGAAGAAGAACAGCGGCAUCACGAAGCCCUCUUCCAACACCAAGAAGGCCUCAAAGCCUUCUUCUUCUCUCAAGAAAUCGCCCAAACACGCCGCCACUUGCGGCUCCGAUGUCACCCAACCCGCCGCCCUCCUCUCCCACGGCUCCCCUGACCUCAAAGAUGACUAUGACGAGAAUGAGGAAGUGUUGCGGGAAUUCGACAUGAACAUGGCGUACGGGCCGUGUCUGGGGAUGACCAGGUUGGCUCGGUGGGAGCGAGCCCGUGCUCUGGGUCUGAACCCUCCUGGAGAAAUUGAGGACUUUCUGAAAGCUGGGAAAGUUGGGAUCCAGUGUUUGUGGGAUGGCCGCGUGUAGAAAUUUAGUACUGCUCCUUCUGGUGGUGUUGGAAUGUUGUGUAUUGACUUGGAAAAGUUGUGCUUUUUGGCUCAAGUGUUCAGCCUCUGGCUGCACCAACUUAGCGUUUUCGAUGGUGUUUGAAUGUUUCUCUGAUUUGCUACAUAGUUUGCUGAUCUUAAUGAAGGCCUGUUGUCUCUUAAAA